AUGGCGCAGGAGAAGCUGCUGCUGCACGCUGUAACUGCCUGCCUCUGGGAGGUUCGCCACGUGGGGAUACAGCUGGGCCCACAGGAGAUGUGUGAGGCCCUUCGGCUGGCGGACUUAGAUGGUGAUGGAAUCGUAAGCUUCAAAGACUUCCUAGGUGUCCUCACUGACAACCACCGCCUGGCUCAGUGCAUGGUCCAAAUGAAGAACAGUCGGAGCUAUGAGCCCCAGAGCCUGCAGACCCUGUUCCUCGAGGUGCUGUUCAAGCUGCUGAGUCAGGGCUUUGUGCCUUUCAGAUCAAGGCAGGAGAUUAUCAGCUACUAUUUCAAGAAGCAGCGGGCUCUGCGGUUGAGCAUGUGCGGUAAUCGCCGGGCUCGCGGCCAGGGUAGGCCUGCGCGUGCGCACACGGGCCUCACCUUCUUCUGCCAGGCGGCGCGCCUCGGCGGCCUCUCCAGCUCGCAACUGGCGCUCUCCCUGCACACACUGUACCGAGCGGGUGGGCGCAGCCCCUACGCUCAGAUUCCCAGCCUGGCCGGGCGCCCGAGGCCGGAACACAGGAACUCGAACCGAGCCCUAGGCUCCGACGUCCGCCUCCCCAAGCCCGAAAAGCCAGGCCGCCCUAAGCUCCCUCCCAACCUGUGGCCACUCAGCAAAGGUCCCCUCCGCCCUCCCGCUGGGCUAGUGAGCCAGCCGGUGGAGCAAAUGCGCCCCUCGAAGCUGUCUCCCUCCCCGACAACUCUAGUGCAGAGGCACCCCAACUCCCCUUCGCCAGCCUAUUUCCAGAGAUCUGCUAUGAAGAGCUUAUACAAAUAAAGCGCUUGCUG